GAAGAAGAUAUAUUUAAAAAUGUCUGGCAUUAGCUUCAGCGUUUUAUCAAUGCAGUUUUUUUAACUGAAGUGUCGUAAGUUUCACAAUCAAUUAAAAUAUGGCUGUCAUAGCAGCUGCCCAACUCUUGGACGAGUUAAUGGGUAGAAAUAGAAACGUAGCACCUAACGAAAAAUUCAAGGAAGUGAACUGGGAGGAUGCCGAAUAUUGCAAAUUUUUCUUAGUCAAGUUUUGUCCCCACGACUUAUUUGUAAACACAAGAAACGAUCUAGGUGCCUGCCCUAAAGUCCACGAUGAAGAAGCUCGAAAAUUAUUCGAAAAAGCUAAACCGAUUCAUCAUAGAAAACUUCAAUACCAAGAAGAUUUCCUUCGGUUUUGUGCUUCCAUGAUGAACGAUGUCGAGCGUAGAAUUAUCAAAGGUAAGCAAAGAUUAGCUUUAAAUGCGAGUGCUAAGGAAACACCACCUUCCGCUCAAUCUCAACAAAAUGAAGAGCAGAUAAAUAUCUUGAAUGAAAAGAUAGAGGAUUUAGAAGCACAAGCAGAAAAAGCCGGUACAGAAGGUAACGUAGAGCAUGCCCAAGGGAUAUUAAAACUUUGUGACCAACUUAAAGAAGAAAGAGACGCUCUACUCAAACCGGAAGGUGUUCAAUCCAGCACAGCCGAACUUGCAGCUGCACAAGAAAAACAAAUGGAAGUAUGUGAAGUUUGCGGCGCGUUUCUUAUCGUAGGAGACGCCCAACAACGUCUAGAAGAUCAUUUAAUGGGAAAACAACACAUGGGGUUCUCUAGAAUGAAAACAGCCGUAGAUGAAAUAACAGAAGCCGUCAGAGAAGCCAGAGAAAUGUUAUAUGGCGGAAGAUCUUCAGACAAGAGAGAAAAAGAUCGCUUAAAAGAUUUUUCAAGAAAAGACAAACAAAAGAAAGAACGGGAUUACGAAAAGGAUCUAGAAAAAGCUCGAUCGGAACAUAGAGAAAAAGAAGAAAAAGAAAAGGAGAACGAACGGGAUAGAAGAGCUAGGGAAAAAUUAAAAAUGGAAGAACGUAAUGAACGAAGAGAAACUCAUCGAGAAAGAGAACCGCAUAGGGAAAAAGAUCGACACAGAGAGCGCGAUCGGGAACGACACAGAGAUAGGGAAAAAGAAGAAAGAAGACAUAAAGAUACUAGUCGUCAUCGAUACAGUCACCAUAGGCGUAAACAUUAAAUAUCAGUAAAUUUUUUUCGAUACAGGUGCCUGUCCUGUGGGAUGUAUCUCAUGUUUAAUCAGAAUAAUGCAGAACACCCGGUGUAUAUUUAAAUUAAUAAGCAAAAUGAAGGUAUACAACGCCCCCUAGUUUUCGAAGAGAUCAUCUAGCUACAAUUUUAAUGCUCCCGGAUAGCUUUCCAUAACGGUAUCACUUUUAUUUAUACAUAUAUCAUAUUUUUUUUUAAUGUCAAUUAUUAUUUUUUUUUAAAUUAUAUACCAUAUUUGAUGUCACGUGAAAUAUUUCCAGAAAUCAUGGUACACGACCAAGACGCUGCAAAAAAAUUGAUCUUCAGGAAUAUACAUGUAUAUAAUUGAAGAUAUGGGUCGAUAUAUUCAUGGAGGGCGUCGACCAAAAGUGUUACCAUCACCACCGGGAAAAAGGAGAAAUGUGGUGGGAUUGUGGUAUGCUUCCAAUUGCAGGUAACUGUUUUUUAACAGGUUGAGGGUUUUAUACAGGCAACGAAAAUUUCAUUUAUUUUUUACUUAUAAAGCUCCAACUUAUUAAAAAACGGACUUGAAAUAUAAUUUUUCUUUGGUGUUACAGUGUGUUUCGAAAAUAGAGAGUCGAUAGAUGACUCAUCUAGUGGGCUGUUUCAAAUUAUACGGGGUUUAAUUGAAUUACCGUAAUGUAUAAAUGAAAAUAAUGGUAUUUUGAUUAUUUUUCGUAAUUUCAUUAAAAAAUAUAUAUAUAAAUGGUUAUUUUUGAAAAAUUUCUCGUUUAGUACCGAAAAUGGCAUCGAAAAUACGUUAAUAGGGUCUUUUGCAAUUGGAUUUUUAUCCACUCGAUUAUGAUCUCUAUAGAAGUGUUAAGUUACUGGGUAAAUUAUCCAAUAUUCUAUUAGAGAGUCAAUUGCUACGCUGUCAGAUUUUUAAAUCUGACGUUUAGGGCCGAAAAUGUCUAAAUACCUUAAAAGGUCUCGUAUAGUUCGGUUUCCCAUCCAUUUUCAGAUGAUUUUAUAAAACAUUGAAGAUAGGGUAAAUUAUCCAUUGAAAUAUUUUUUAAAAUAAAUGCUAUGAUGUCAAGUGUUUUAUAUCUGACGUUUCGGACCGGUAAUGCUGUUUAAAUAUGUUAAAUGGUCUCGUAUAAUUCGGUUUUCCAUCCAUUCACAAAUACUUUCAUAAAACGUUGAAGAUAGGGUAAAUUAUCCAUUGAAAUAUAUUUUUUUAAAUAAAUGCUAUGAUGUCACGUGUUUUAUAUCUGACGUUUCGGACCGGUAAUGCUGUCUAAAUAUGUUAAAUGGUCUCGUAUAAUUCGGUUUUCCAUCCAUUCACAGAUCGUUAGGUUUAUUUAGGGGUCAAACUACCCAUUGAAACAUGUUUUUUAUUAAACGCUCGAUUUAGGGUAAAUUAUCUUUAUAAUUAUACUUUUCCUAAGAAAUAAAAGCAACGUUACCAGAUUUUCAUUUACUUCCUAUACCUAUAAAUUCCGUCAAAAUCAUAUUCAAAAUGGUCUCGAUUGAUUUGGUUUUUAAACCAGUUAUUUUACGAGAGUUAUUUGGUUAGAUUUUUGACAUAUGUCGGUCAUCGACUAUAUUGCUGUCACAAUCUUUAAAAUGGUCUCCUAUAAUACGAUUUUUCAUCCAGUAAGUGGUAAUUUUAACAGCAUAAAACGUUUAAUUGGGGUAAAUUACCUGUUAUAAUGAAACAAUUCAUGUAAAAUAACUGCUACGUUGCCAGAUAUUUAAUUCCUGACGUUUUUAACCUAAAAAAUAUUUAAAAUGGUCUCGUACAUUCGAUUUUCCAUCCAGUCAAAGAUGUUUUUAUAAAAAGCUUGAUAUAGGGUAAAUUAUCCAUUAAAUAUUUUUUAAAAUAAAAGCUGCGAUCUCUACUUUUUAAAUUUGACGUUUAUUUCCGGAAAUGCUGUCAAAAUAUGUCAAAUGGUCUCGUAUAAUACGGUUUUUUAUCCAGUUAGUGUUGGUUUUAUCAAUAUAAAAAGCUUAAUUAGGGUAAAUUAUCCACUAUAAAGAUACUUUUCAUAAAAAAUAACCGCUACGUUGCCGGAUCUUUGACACCUGACGAAAAAUAGUUAAAACGAUUCGUCUUUCCAUCCAGUAAAAUUAAGAAAGUAAUUUUUACGUUAUUUCGCUAGAUUUUUAAAAUUUGUCGGUUUUAAUUUGUAAUACAGUCAAAAUAUGUCUCGAAUUGAACAGUUUUUCAAUCACUCUAAAUAUUUUAUCCCUAUAAAACGUUUAAAAUAGGGUGAAUCAUUUACUAUAAUAUCUUUUUAACGAAAAGACAGUACCUGGAAAAAUUUUCGAUAUACGUCGUUUAAAAGUUAGGUUGGGAAACGGCGCCAUCUGUAAAUCAAUCCGGACAGUUACUAUUUCAUAAAAAUGUUACCUGAAACGUCAUUUGAGAGGCGAAAAUCAAUUUAUCGCAUUCGAAUAAUCCCCUCGUAGUAUAUUGAAACACCGAGAACGUGAUACAGGAUAUGAGAUUGUUAACUCUAAUGUUGACAGUUUCACCGGGAUCGGCUCUGGAAAUCGCCUUCUGGAAAACCACGCUGAAAGCCUAAAAAAAAAACAAA